UACAUUGAAAUGGUUCUGCUUUUUAUUUUAAAAUAUUAAGAGACAAUUGCUUUUUUAAGUUUGAUAAACAGUACCACAAUGUUACGACGAUUUAAUAAAGUUUUAAACUAUAACUUCUGUUAUAUUAGUAGGAUACAUAGUAGCAGCAAAGCCUGUAAGCCAGCAUUAAAAAUCACCAAGAAAAUGUUUAAAUCAGCUGUUUUCAAUCUUCAAGAAGCAACUGCAGAUCAAGUACAAGAGUUUUUAAAUUCUUUUGAUACAGUUUUAAGUGAUUGUGAUGGUGUGUUAUGGAUAAAUAAUAACGCAAUUGCUGGUUCACCAGAAGCUAUGAAUUACUUCCGCAAGAUGGGCAAAAGAAUAUUUUAUGUCACCAAUAACUCCACUAAAAUCCGUAGUGAUUUUGCAGUGAAAGCUCAAGAGUUAGGAUACAUUGCUGAGCCGGAGGAGAUUCUAUCAACUGCCUAUCUAGUAGCACAUUACCUCAAAGGCAUAGGCUUCACGAAAAAAGUAUACUUAAUCGGCUCAAAUGGAAUUGGUGAUGAAUUGAAAGCAGUUGGAAUAAGACAUAUAGGUGUUGGACCAGAUCAAGUGAAAACAGACUUUAAGUCAAUGAACCCAUCCGAUUUGGACCCUGAAGUGGGAGCUGUGGUUGUUGGCUUUGAUGAGCAUAUAAGUUACCCCAAGUUCAUGAAGGCUGCAUCGUAUCUCUCAAAUGAAGAGUGUCUGUUCAUAGCGACCAACACAGACGAGCGGUUUCCAAAGUCCAGCUCGAUCAUUAUACCUGGUACAGGCACUCUUGUGAGAGCCGUUGAAACAUGUUCAGAGAGGAAGGCUUUGGUACUUGGGAAACCUAAUGAUUAUGUUAAAAAGUUCCUAGAGUCAUUUGGGCUUAAUCCAGGAAGGACUUUGAUGAUUGGUGACAGGUGUAAUACGGACAUAGAAUUCGGAGUACGCUGCGGUUUUCAGACUCUGCUUGUUAUGACCGGAGUCACUUCUGCCAAGGAGGUGGAAAAAAUACGAAAUGAGAAAACAGCGCCGCUUCCAGAUGUUGUUCUACCAAAAUUAGGAGAUAUACUAAACUUGACGUCGUCAUAGUACAAUUAAAAUCAAUGUUAAUACAAAUUGUAGAUCAAUUAAUACUGUCAACGAAAAUGUGAUACAUUUCAUAAUUAUUAAUGUUAUUUUUUAUAUUUAUUUAUUGUUGCAAGGUUGUUAACUUACUACUUAAUGUAUUUUUUUGCUUCACAUCUCUAAUGAUCUAGAUUAUUUUAUUUUUUGUUGUCUAUAGUCGAAUAAUUUUAUUACAUAAUAAUGACCCAUCCUUCCAAAGUAUGGAAGGAAGCCUUGGUGCGCGAGUAGAAAACCAUUGUAAAUGCGAAAAUUGAAAAGUUAGUUUGAAGAAAAGAAAUAAUUUCAUAUGAAAAUAAUUCAUAGUAGCGUCAUCUCUGCGCCAAUGUCACUACAGUGAAUCUCGAACGCAGUCCGUUGCCGCCCAAACUUAAGCAACAAAAGCCUGCUUUUCGAGCUAUUACGUUGGAAAUCUCAUUUUUGUAUAUGCCAUGCAGCGAAAUGGCAUAAACCGGGAGUUAGCCAUAUCCCUUAGGCUCAGCAUUCUAUGAUACCACUAGAUUUGUUUAGUGAAAUAAUCUAAUUGAUUUAUCGUUUCAACAUCUCCCUCGCUCGCGAUUUUGUCUAUUUUUUUUUAAAUUAUUCUUUGAUAAAUUAUUCACAGUAUAUAUAGUAUUCUACAUAAAAAAUAAAAAUUUAACUUAGCUUAUAUAAUAAGUGUGGGCUUUAAUAACAUAGCAUUAAGAUUGAAGCUCUCUUAAGCUUGAUUUUAAAUCGCUUUUAUCGAUAGAAGUUUUCUUUAUUAAUAUAUACCAGUUCCUAAAUGAAUUAUGACGCAAAAUAUAAUGCGCAAGUUAUAAAUAUAUAUGAAAAGUAGUCCUGUCUAAUGCUAAGGAAUAUUGGAAGAUUAUUUUCAUAUUUUCCAGUAUUAACAAAGAGAUUAGAAAUAAUUAAUAGUUCAAUCACUAAAGUCAAAGUGAAAUAAAAUUUGACUUUGACUUUAGUGAGAAAUAAAAUGUCUUAAAACUUGUAGGUAUUGUUUGUUUUGUUGUAAUAUCGAUGGUUAUAAUAUUAGGAGCAUUGUAUGCAAGUGUGUUAUCUAUGUAAGACAAUGGUGCUAAUUUGAUUUUACACAAAUCUUAAUUCACAGGUCAGAAAAAAGUGAUGACUUUUUCCUCAGGGAACAUUCUAAAAAUAAUAAUCAAUUUUUCCUCAGUUCACACACCUCAAGCUAUACAUAGCGUUUGAAAGCAUUUUGAAAGACAUUUGCUAGAACGAACUAACAAUGAAUUAAAAUUCCACCUUCAGAACAUCUAUUAGCUUAGAAAAAAUAAAUUAUGUAUAGGCCAAACUUGAAUUCUCUGGCAUUCUUGUUUGCGCCGAUACAAUAAACCAAGUUGCUUGCAGGGUAACACGGGUGUAGGCUUUGCUCCCGUUCCCCGCCGCUUCCUAGAAAUGCGACGCUACUUGUCAUCACCUCAGAGAAUUCAACAAAAAUUGUGUGUCAGGUCUAAAAGUAUAACUUGUAUUAGACAAAUUCAAAUUCAAAAUAUUUUUAUUCAAUUAGACGUUUACAAGUUCUUUCGAAUCGUCAAAAGCAUCUAUCACUGGUUCGGAAUGCCUUUCCUACCGAGAAGAACCAGCAAGAAACUCGGCGGUUGCUCUUUUCAAAGAUUUUGUAUAAGGCAAGUUGUACUUUUACACCUGACAGUUAAGAUGAAUGUAUAUCUUCAGCUAAAAUAUACAAGUAGGAUCGAAUUAGCACCGCUAUGAUACUAAUCCUCAAUUAUUUAUUAAUACUAAUUAUGGUAAAAUUAAUAAUUUUACCAUAAAAUUUUACCAUAAUUAGUAAUUACACUAUUUUCAAAGGUGCUAAUUAAUUAUUUUGUAUAAAAUACAGAUUACAGUAAUUACUUGUUGCCACAUGAGUUGCAUUUUUGUAGGAGGGUUGUCAUAUUUUACGACGAGGAUAUUUUAUUUGGUUUAUAUAAAUAACGCCCAGAUGUCUCUAUUUACUAAGCAUUGCGAACUAUUGCGGGCUGUAACUCGUUUUUGCUUAUAACCGAUUGCCUUUUGAAAUGUCAUACAAAUUUUUACAGCUUCAUAUUUUUUUUUAAAUCGAUCUCGAUUUUGUUUGGUAUGACCUACCUAGAUGACUACCUAGAUGGUCAUGACUUGAUUCUAGUCACGUAGAUCAUGACGCUGCUUAUAUCUGAAAAACUUUGUUUAAAUAUAAUAACACCUGCCAAGUGCGAGUCGUGCAUCACUCUUUUAAGGUUCCGUACGUAAUGAACGGAUUUUAUGUAUUAUAUUAUAAACGUAUGGCAACCCUUCAUAAACGUUUUUUGCACAGCAUUCCUUAAAUAUUUAUUCAUAUCUACAAAAACAGUAAAAAAAGUGUGAUUAUGUCCGGGAGUGUCAAUAUUGUUUUAUAUACCUAAUAUUUAGUUAAGCAAAUAAUGUAUUUAGAUUGUACAUUAUAUCCUGCACUAAAAAUAUCUAUAAGAUAUGAAUGUAGUUGUGUAUAUUGUGUAGGUAUAUCUCAUAAAUGUAUGUAAUAAAAUAAAUAUAUGCAUACAGUAUUCAGAAGA